AUGCUCGACGAAGAGCACGACACAUUACCAUGCGAAGCCCAUGACACCAACAUCUAUACCUGCGGUAGCAUAGGCGAUCACAAUGUUGUAGUCGCCUGCCUACCCAGCGGCCAAACAGGGACAGGCUCCGCUGCCACUGCAGCCUCCCUGAUGCGAUCUUCCUUCACGUACAUACGUUUUGGACUUAUGGUAGGCAUAGGAGGAGGUGUGCCUAGCGAGGAUGCUGAUAUACGACUUGGAGAUGUGGUAGUGAGCAGCCCGCACGCAACACAUGGUGGGGUAGUGCAAUACGACUUUGGCAAGGCUACGCCUAGUGGAUUCGAGCGAACUGGGUCCCUUAAUGCCCCACCUACAAUCUUGCUAAGUGCGGUCUCAAUCUUGCAGGCGAGAUAUAUGAGACGCAGAGGGACGCUGCAGGACCACCUUUCUCGACUUGAGAUUCUGGCAGGUUUUGGGCGUAUCAAGGCCGGCCCAGACGCUCUGUUCAACUCAACGUACGACCACGUAGGAGGGCGAACAUGCGAUGAGUGCGACAACACAUACAUAGUGCACCGCCAGGUGCGGGAGCAAGAGAUCGUUGUACAUUAUGGGACCAUCGCGUCAGGCAAUCAGGUUAUGAGAAGUGCUAGAGAAAGACAAAGGCGGUGGCAGCCAUAUGCAGCAGGAACGGCUGCAGCGUAUACGAAAGAGCUGCUAUUAGUGAUCCCAGCAGCAGACGUAACGAAGACACGCCGAGCGGAGGAUGCUAUGAACAGCGCAAACAAACGGUCCCUUCAGUCGCCAUCUCCUAAUCGCGGUAUCUCUAAGCGAAGAAAGCCCAGCAUCCUAGAUUAUAAAAAGAUCGUCCCUGCAGGGACAUGCAAAUGGCUUUUGGAGAACGAUCGGUAUUGCCAGUGGAACGAUGCACACAUGUUCAAGGAACAUCAUGGCUUCAUGUGGAUCAAAGGCAAGGCUGGGACAGGAAAAUCGACCCUGAUGAAGUUUGCCUUGGCCAACGCUCGCAAGAUGAUGAUCAAUCGCAUAACACUCUCUUUCUUCUUCAACGCACGGGGCCAAGACUUAGAGAAGUCUACGGCAGGUACAUAUCGGUCGCUAUUACUGCAACUUCUUAGUAGUCUUCCUGCGCUUCAGGGAGUUUUCGAUUCGCUUGCUCCACCAACAGCAAAAAUCAGCGAAAAUCACCCGUGGACAGUCGAUUCGCUACAAACACUCUUAGAGACGGCUAUAUUGAGCCUAGGAGAUUCUUCAGUGAUUCGAGGCAUGAUCCACUUCCUCGAGCGCGUUGGCGGUCUUGCUCACUCACGGGGCGUUCACUUUCAGGUCUGCUUCUCAAGCAGACAUUAUCCGUUUAUCACGAUCCGCAAUGGACUGGAGCUAGUAUUAGAGCGACAAGAAGAGCACUCACAAGACAUCACGAACUACAUCGAGGCCGAACUCCACAUUGGAAAAAGUAAAAUAGCUCAGCAGGUCCGAGCUGAGUUGCAAGAGAAGGCAUCAGGAGUCUUCAUGUGGGUAGUUCUCGUAGUUAACAUCCUGAACAAGGAGUCAGACCGUGGGCAGAUCCAUAAGCUCCGACAAAAAGUACGGGAGAUCCCUGGUGACUUGAACGACUUGAUCCGCGACAUCUUAACGCGAGAUACACACAACAAGGACGAGUUAAUCUUGAGUAUCCAAUUCAUACUUUUUGCGAGGCAACCACUUAGUCCGGAGCAAUUGUAUUACGCCAUUCUUUCAGGUAUUGAACCAGAUGCAGUUACAGCAAGGGACCCUGAGGAGUUUACCGAGGAAGUAAUCCAGCGGUUCAUUCUCAAUUCAUGUAAGGGUCUCGCCGAGGCCACUGUAUCCACAAAUCGAAGCAUCCAGUUCAUCCACGAGUCGAUCAGAGACUUCCUGCUCAAAGAAAACGGUCUUGGCGAGAUCUGGCCUGAGUACGGAGACAACUUCCAGGGCCAGAGCCACGAACGAUUGAAGCAAUGCUGCCUCAAUCAACUGAGAGUGGAUAUCGCUACGCCUUUGAAAAUCCCUAAUGAUCUUCCCGAAGCUUCGUCGCAACCGGCAGCGUACCUGCGCGAAUCAGCGACGCAAGCAUUUCCUUUCCUCGAGUAUGCUGUGCACAACGUAUUGUAUCACGCGGAUAAAGCGGCGCAAUGCGGAGGCAUUUCUCAAACAGACUUUCUUGAGAACUUCCCACUGCUUCGAUGGGUCAAGCUCGACAAUCUCUUUAUGCGGGACCAGAGUUGCAGACGGACAGGACAGGGUGGAGAGUACAGCAACGCCCUUCAAGCUGCUUUAAGGGAAGGCUAUCAAGAGAUUGCCAUAAUUCUACUCAGGAAAGGCGCCAAUGUUAACGCACAAUGUGGAGAGUACAGCAAUGCACUUCAGGCAGCUUCAGCAGGAGGCUACGAAGAGGUGGUUAGGCUACUAACAGAGAACGCUACCGACAUUGACGCGCAAAGUCGCUCAUAUAGCGACGCACUUUUCUUAGCUUCAGCAGAAGGCCACAAUGAGGUGGUUAAAUUGCUGUUAGAGAAAGGCGCCAAAGCGGGGGAUUAUGAUGGUUACAGUGGUGACGCACUCCAAGUGGCUUUAGCAGGAGGUCAUCAAGAGACUGUUAUACUGCUGCUAGAGAAAGGCGCCAACGUUAACGUUAACGCGCAGGGCGGCUAUUACGGCAAUGCACUCCAAGCAGCUUCAAAAUACUACAAGAAUAAGAAGUGUGGCCACUAUGGCAACGCACUCCAAGCAGCUUUAGCAGGACUCCACAAAGAAACUUUUAUACUGCUGUUAGAGAAAGGCGCCGAUAUUAAUGCGCAGGGUGGCUACUACGGUAAUGCACUCCAGGCGGCUAUAGCAUGCCUUGGUAGUAAAAAGUUCGUAGAGUUUCUACUAGAAAAGGGCGCUGAUAUCAACGCGCAGGGCGGAGAAUAUGGCAACGCACUCCAGGCGGCUUCAUAUUGUGGAAAAGAGGAGAUCGUAGUACUACUGUUAGAAAAAGGUGCUCACGUUAACGCACAGGGUGGAUUAUAUGGUAAUGCACUUCAGGCGGCUUUACACUGGGACUAUACUGAUAUUGUAACGCUACUAGAGAGCUGGGGUGCAACAAGGGUUCCCUGGGUGGAAAAUCAUCAUUACAACUCUAUAGAAUGA